UAGUUAAUAAUGCGGGAAUGGUGUCGAUCUCUAUGCUGGAAGAAGCUAAAGAUGUCACUGAUUUCAGAACAGUCGUGGAUACCAAUUUUUGGGGCUACGUAUAUAUGACACGAUUUGCGGUUCCGCAUCUCAGAAACAGCAGAGGCCGAAUUGUUGGAAUUUCUUCAAGUGCGUCGUGGUUACCAGCACCUAGGAUGGGUUUUUACAACGCAAGCAAAGCAGCAAUCACACAAUUUUUUGAGACGUUGAGGAUUGAGUUUGGGCCUGAUAUAGGAAUAACACUUGUAACUCCUGGAUUCAUAGAGUCUGAACUUCCAGAAGGCAAACAUAUGAGCAAGGCAGGCAAACUUGAAGUUGAUCAGGAUAUCAGAGAUGCUCUAGUGAGCAUAAUCCCAGUGCAGAGAGUGGAGAGUUGUGCAAGAGGAAUUGUGAGCAGUGCAUGCAAGGGAGAAAGAUACGUUACUGAACCAGCAUGGUUCAGAGCCACUUUCUUAUGGAAGAUUUUCUGCCCAGAGGUGAUAGAGUGGACUUACCGAUUGCUAUACAUCACCCAUCCAGGGGAAUCGCCAAAGGACGCCGUUGGCAAGAAGCUAGUAGAUAUCACCGGAGCCAAGAAGUUUCUGUACCCAGAAACUAUUCGGGUACCUGAACCAAAGACAGAUUAAUAUUGAACAUGUCAGUUCCUGUAUUGCGAAUUUGUGGUAUGAUCGUUUGAUGAUGAAUUUGUUCUGUCUCAGGAUUGCUAGUCACGAAUCUUUGAUUUUUUAUAUCAUGAAGCAAUACUUAUGAAUAAGCAUAUGGAUGUAAACUAUGAACAGAUUUUAAAUAACAUAAUCAAGAAUGUAUGGUUUUAUAUACAAA